AUGGGAAUCAACACCAUCCCUGGUCAGAACAUACACAUCCCCGGCGGCGGCCUCGUCGUCCGAUCCACUGCCCGGAAAGACCGCCACAGCAAAGUCUACACUUCCAGAGGCCUCCGCGACCGCCGUGUUCGUUUAUCCGCUCAUACCGCCAUUCAAUUCUACGACGUUCAAGACCGAUUGGGUUUCGACCGCCCUAGCAAAGCUGUGGAUUGGCUAAUCAAAAAGGCUAAAUCAGCCAUCGAUAAGCUAUCCGCCGAUCUCCCCCCUUGUAAUACUAAUGCUUGUUUCUCUGUUCCUGUAGAAACACAGACGAAUGGAAUUGAUGUUGUUGUAGACCGAUCUGAGUGUUGUAAGAAUCAUGAUUUCUUGUUUCAAAGCCAAUUUAGUGAGAAUUUGAUUCCGCCGCCGCCGCCUCCACCGAUUGAAUCUGGGCUUGGUUUUCAGAGCUGUCGGAAUUUGGGGUUAUCACUUCAAACCCAAAAUUCUCCCCAAAAUGUUCAUCAUCAUCAUCAGACGGUUUUUUACACCGCUAGUUCGGGAAAUUCUGGUCCUGGAUUCGACGAUGGAUUUGAGAAAAUUGUGGCCUGGAACACUAAUGUCUUCGGUUCGAUUCCGAUUCUCAACCAAAGCUCCACCGCGUUCCCGCAGAGGGGGCCCCUUCAGUCCAGACUUGAAUCUACGGUGCCGCAUUACACUUGGAAUGAUCUCUCCGUCGUCGCCGCCGGAAAACGCCAUCCAAAUCCAAUUCAGGAAAACUCCUCGCCGUCGAUACCCCGGUUCAUCUCCAACGAGUUGCCGCAUCUAGAUGUCCAUGGACAGUUUCAGAACGACGGCGACGGCAAGGACAACGGUGGAAAGUCCUCGUCUCAUUCUUCUUCGUAUUCCCGCCGUUGA